AGCAGUUCGAAACCAUUAACAUGAUUGUAUUUUUACAUCGGCUAAAUUUAAGUUCAGUUUUCCGCGGAAAAUAAUGAGAAAACUUGUGAUGUUUUGUAUGUGUUCGCUAUUCGCAAUAAUUCAAACUACAGACGUACUAGAUACCAGCCACGUGUUGUUGGAAAGGCAGAAGAGAUUCCUUGUCUAUAGGCCGGGGGUGAAUUGGAUUCAGUUGGUUGUUGGUAUUGGCAUACCGGCGGAUGUUGAUGACCACAGUAUAACAUGGGGUGCUUCGAUGAAGGCGUUUUAUCUGUUGCCUGACAACAGCAGUUAUUAUGACAACCCCACAAUAGAUUACGCAAGGAGACGGAAAAGAGCAACAUCUAGGUGGGAUCUCUAUAAAUCAAUCAUCUAUUUUGUAGAAAGGUCUGGUCUCGGCGACGGCAAAGCCUGUCUACUACGAGCAAUUUGCGAACUUGCCGAAAUACCCCUCGAACAGACAAGUGGCUUAUUUGCUGAAAUACUUCAUGCAUUAUUGACGCCAUCUUCAACGCCGGAAGAAAUCCAAGAAUAUGGCGACUUGGAGUACCAUGCAGCGGAAAAACUUGGUAGAAGUACCGGAAAUUGUGACUCCCUAUAUUCCGAAUGUAGACACAGUUUAAUUUCGAAAUUUACAAAAUUAUUUUCUUAUAUCAAAUGAGUGUUAUACAAAAAUGUAAAAUAAGUAUCUACUUUUCCUUAUAACUUUCGAUAUU